CUUCUUGACGCCACCGACAUGCAAGCUGUGGUUAUCCCUCGGGAUUGUACAGCAUUGUCACCAGAAAGAGCGCGGUGAUUUGAAUAUUCGAAGCUGAAACCACGACUGUCUCCUGAAAGUACCAGCAGCCGGGCCACCCGACGUAGCGACAUGGACGAUCUAUCUGAAUGGCAUUCAAUUCGACCCUGGCGUCCCACCCUCUCGCUUUCCGUGCGCGAGAUUACAUCCGUCUCUGCGACCUUUAUCCUCUCAUCACCAUACACUGCGCCUUCUCCACCCUCUCCAUCUUCGCCAUCGUCCCCUUUUGGCUUCUCUUCCUCCUCCCGCUCCCCCGAGCCAUCAAGGUCAGAAGAAGACAAAGACCACGACGACGGCUUGGGCGCAGGCUCGGGGCCACGGACUGAGCAGGUCGUCGCAGAUGUCCUCUCAAAGGGCCUUUCGGUGAAGGUGAACGGCAUCCCCUGGCAGCGCGUGCUCAUACGGGUGGACGAGGAGGCGGAUGAGGCGGUCAUCAUCCUGUUCGGACUCAUGCCCGGACGGCAGUACGAUGUGGAACUCGGAGUUAUGCCUAGCGACAAGCACGGAGUCUUGAGGAAUCAGAUCGUAACUGAAACCGAGGCUACAUCGGACCCAUCGCAUGCCGACUUGCACACGACCGGCCACCUCAAUCUCAGUACCUCUCCCUCACACACAUCGCCAUCCUCUCCCCCUCGCAAUCACGCAUCCGCCACCAGCGCGCUCUCCCCAUCCGCCUCAUCAUCUUCCCUACCCACAUCCACACCCACACCGCUUCCCGCGCCGCUCACGCUGGAGGACCGCCGACAGCAGCUCACCCACGCGCUCUCAGCGCUCAACAACGAACACGCGCAGCUGACCGCGAUGGUCAAGUCGACGCGAAGGGAAUCGCAAAAGGCAGACGCCGCCCUGCGUGCCGAGAUCGAGGCGCUCAAGCGGGCGGCGGAGCGCAGCGCCGCGCAGGAGCAGCGUGCACGACAGAAAGCACUGGCGCUGAGAGAGGCGAGGAAGCAGGCGGAGGUCGCGCGGGACGAGAUGGAGGAGCGAAGGAGGGAGGUGGAGGGCGAGGUCCCCCAAUUGGAGGAGCGGGAGAGGGAGCGGGAACGGGAGAUGCAGGCAGUGAGGGUGCAAGCAGAGGAGAAGCGCAGAGAGCGAGAAGAGGUCGAGGCAGAGGAGAGGAGGAAGAAAGAGGGCUGGAUGACAGAAUUGAGCACGCUGGCUAAAACCUUGGAACGCUUGACGGUGAAGAGAGAGAAGCUUGAAGGUGUGCAGGGCGAGGAUGGAACGUAUAGCGGAGGGACGAUUGGGGAGCUGGAAGAGAAGCUGAGAAAGCUGGAAGAAGAGAGGGAGAAGGUGGAACGAGAUCCGUGGGGUUACGAAGGAGAUGUCGGAACGAGAGGAAAAGAUGAGAGGGACGAAGUGGAGGGGAGAGCGAGCAGCAAGGAGAGGUCGAGGGAGAGACAGUCGCCUGCACGGGCAGACGGGCACCAUCACGCCCACAACCAGCACCAGCACUUCGCGCAUGGUCACCCGGCCCACACUGCGCAUCAUCCCACCCACGCCCACCCUCCUCACGGACAUCCCCAACACCUGCCGCACAUCCGCAAACGGCACACGCACCCGUAUCCGCACCAGGCACAUCACCCCUUCCCGCACGUCAGCCCCCGCGCGAACCUCUCGCCUGCGCAGCCCGUCCAGCCGAUCCAGCGCCCCGCGCACGGCAUGCGCCUCUCGCUCCCGAGCCACCGCGAGCUCAGCGCAGGGCCGGGCGUCAUCCAUCUGCAGCGCGACAAGCUGAGUCCCAACCUCAGUGUACAGGCCUCCGGACAUACGCAGGCGAAGUCGAGCUCGUCGUACUCUCCCUCCGUCUCAGGCGGGAGCGGGAGCGGCAGCGGGGAGUCGUCGCCUGCACCCGGCUCGAUGGGUCCACAUGGACCGAACACCGCACCGCCGUCGGUGAGCGGGUCGAGUCUGUCUGGGGCGGCGCCGCCGUUUGAGCCGACGGGGCUCAGUGCGAGAGCUGCGAUUGGAAGUGGGCCGAGCCAGAUGGGCAAGUCGGAGCUCAACCCAGUAAGCAGCCCGUUCUCCCCGAGGUCUGCAGCGGCGCAUGUUGUGCAGAUGAGGGCGCGAGGAGGGUCGGGGUAGUUGGUCAAUGUGAGGGUCCGCUGCUGCUGCUGCAUGAGCCAUUAAUAUUGAAUUUAGGAGAAGAACUCCGCAUGGAUCGGCGUGUUAGACCUGCACUAACUUAUUGCUUUUCCACUGACAUUUUACACUCCGUACUGACUGUACUAUGUAAUGUGAUCACUAAUAGCCCUCUUGAUGGCAAAUGAUUGCAAGCCGCUUGGCGGUUCGGUCCUGC